UUUCAAGAGCUUACAGCUGGCUUCAACGGUGGAGAGAGAGAGAGGUUGUUGCCAUGGCAACGAGGGAGGUCAGCAUCCAGAUGGCGGGGGUACUGGACGGCCAGCCGGGGUGCGCUCUGUCCCGGGAGUCGCUUGUCGUCCGUGCCGUGCCGCGGACAGCCGGCGCUUCUUUGAUGGAGGCUGCAGACGCAGUCGCCGCCGCCGACAAGAUGACCAAAGACGCGGCCGGGGCGGCUCAGGAUGAGACGCGGUGCUCUGUCUCGUUCAGCGUGCCAGGCUCGCCGUCGGGGCUCCACCUUGCGCAGCUCAGCAUGCCGCCGUUAGUCUGCGCCGGUGAUGCCGAUGUGGGCACCGCUCCUGUGCUGCCGACCGAGUCAAAGGUCCCGUGGGAGCGAGACCGGCGGUUUGACCACUUCAAGACGUUCUAUGGCGGCCUUGAACGGCAGCUCUCCAACCUCCGCGGGGUGCCACAGGACACCGACGUCGAGAAAGGUGCGGCGUCAAAGAUCUCAGAGGAGGACAUCGACAAGGACGAUGAGAUGCCCACUGCUGACCGCUACUUCGCCGCGCUCGAAGGCCCCGAGCUCGAGACCCUCCGUUCGACAGAGGUGGCGGUCCUGCCUAAGGACGAGACAUGGCCGUUCCUGCUCCGGUUUCCAAUUAGCGCCUUUGGGAUGUGCCUUGGCGUGAGCAGCCAGGCCAUGUUGUGGAAGACCCUGGAGUCGGAGCCCUCCACGAAGUUCCUUCACGUGCAUCCGGUCGUCAACCACGUCCUCUGGUGGAUCUCCGUCGCACUCAUGGUGGUCGUCUCCAUCACCUACCUCUUGAAGAUCGUCUUCUACUUCGAGGCUGUCCGCCGUGAGUUCCACCAACCUGUGCGCGCCAACUUCUUCUUUGCGCCAUGGAUCGCCUGCCUCUUCCUUGUCAAGGGUGUGCCGCAUCCGGUGUGGGAGAUCCACCACGCCGUCUGGUACGUGCUAAUGGCGCCCAUCCUGUGCCUCGACCUUAAAAUCUACGGACAAUGGAUGUCUAGCGACGAGCGACGCCUCUCUAAGGUGGCCAACCCAUCGAACCAUCUCGCCGUCGUUGGCAACUUCGUCGGUGCGCUGCUUGGCGCUAGGAUGGGCCUCCGGGAGCUGCCCAUCUUCUUCUUUGCUGUCGGGUUGGCCCACUAUGUGGUGCUCUUCGUCACUCUCUAUCAGCAGCUCCCUACCAACGUGCAGCUCCCCAAGGAGCUCCACCCAGUUUUUUUCCUCUUCGUCGCUGCACCUAGCGUCGCGUCCAUGGCGUGGACAAGGAUCUCUGGCGAGUUCAACGAUGGCGCUAAGCUCCUUUACUUCGUCUCGCUAUUCCUCUACAUGUCGUUGGUGGCGCGCGUCAAUCUCUUUCGGGGGUUUAGGUUCUCCCUGGCAUGGUGGGCGUACACAUUCCCAAUGACAAGUGUGGCCUUGGCGACGGCAUUGUAUGCAUCGAAGGUAGACAACGUGCUGACACGGGCACUGGCAGUCGGGUUGUCAGGAACCGCCGUUGUCACAGUCACCGGCGUGUUAGCCGCCACCAUGUACCACGCCUUCGUGCGCAAGGACCUCUUCCCCAAUGAUGUGUCCAUCGCCAUCACGCGGCGACGGCCCAAGUUUAGCAAGAUCCUCGCGCAUCUCCGGCCAUCGAGUUAUGAUGUCAAGGAGCUCGUUCUCUCCGUCCCAAAUUUCAGUUCCUAUUCCAAGCAGGGCGCCUACUCUGACUCUGGCGCCAACUCCAGGAUGAACAUCAGUGCCGGUGAGUCUCCAAUGGCACACGGGCACGGAAGAGAAGAAUGUGAGACGGUAGGUGCAAAACAUGUUGCUUAGUGGAACUUGUAUAGAGGUCUCUAUAUUUUCUCCAUUCUUUUUCGUCUUUGUGAACUUGCUGCACAUAGUUGCAGAUUAGGAGCGAUAUCCUUGAGCAAUUUACAUUGCCAUGACAGUGAUAUAAUUGCCGGACUUGACGGUUGAGCUUGUCAAUUUAGUGGUUAUAUACUUUCGUUCAUCAGAAGUAAGUUACAUUUCUUACUCUAUUCUGAUCUCUAAGUAACUCCAUAGACCUGAAAUUGCAGAAACAUUUCACCAAAGGUGCAUCAACUAGAAUGGAUGGCCUAGUGAGUUUGCAACUUUGGAAGUGAGAUUUUCAAAUAAGAGAGAAGAAUUUGCAAAAUCA